AUGGUUUUUCUUCUCUGUUUGCUGUUGGUAGCAGUCCAUUCAGAUGGCCUGAAGACGCAACCGCCCCAAUCACUAAGAGAUCGAAGCAGUACCAUAAUAUUUGGCUACGAUCUGUUGUCCAUGGGAGAAUAUCGAGCUAGCAAAAUUUCUCGAUUUAUCAACUCGCUGCUUCCAUACACGGGCUACGGCUACUAUAAAGUUCUUUCCUACGCCUACUGUCCAGAGAACUUUAAUAUCCCGGUAACCUCCCUAAUGAACAAAAAUCACUUCGACGUCCAACGCAGUAUCACAUCUAACAUUAAUGUUCCCGGUCUCGCCGAAGUCGUUCGCCAAAUAAGGAGCGAUCUCUACGCCCGAGCAAAUCAGAAUAAAAACGCUGGUUUCCGCGGAAGCGAAGUCGCCGUCAUCUUCAUUGAUCCAUCCGUGACUGUAAUCACCCCCGAAGUCCUUAGAGAGACAGAAAAACUGAAACAGCAGGGCUCCAAAUUGUUUGUUGUGAGCGUCGGGCAAAAAGAGUGUUGCCUGCCGAACCGGUUUUAUUCUCUUGCCGGUCGAGCCAACACAUUCACUUAUCCGACAUACAAACAACUGCUUUACGCAAUCCCACCUCUCAAGUUUAGAGGGUUACCUUCAUGGGACGACAUUUACAGGACUGUAUAUGUCUGCCUGAUAGCCAGCGUUAAAUGUUCUGUUGGACUGCGCUCCGAAGUCAUGACCAUCGUCUCCAAGACUAAAUCCUUUUUAUCCUUAUUUGUGACUAUCAUUUCGGCUUUUCUGUCGCUAAUACAAACAAGAGCCGUGACCUCUCCCCUUUGGCCUGCCAGGAGAACUCUCACUCGCUAA